UAAUUCUGCGGGGGUGGCCACCGAACACCCCAUUCAACCGGGCCCGCCGUUUGUUUUCAUUUAUCGCUACCGAUCCCUUCGUCCGUACGGCCGACUCUCUCUCUCUCUCUCUCUCUACUAGGCUCCGACGAGGAAAAACCCUAAUUCGAUCUCCAAACAGGGAGUGGUGUAACGGAUUUUAGAGGAAAUGAUGAGGCUCCGAACAUAUGCUGGGUUUAGUUUGGUGGGUGCAAUUGCCGUUAUUUAUCAUGCAUUCAACAGUAGAGGCCAGUUUUACCCAGCCACGGUGUAUCUAUCGACCUCGAAGAUCAGUUUGGUGCUCCUUAUGAACAUGGGUUUGGUCAUCAUGUGCAUUCUAUGGCAGCUAAUCAAAUGUUUGUUUCUUGGGUCUCUCCGAGAAGCUGAGGUAGAGAGGUUGAAUGAACAAUCAUGGCGGGAGCUUAUGGAAAUUCUCUUUGCAAUCACUAUUUUCAGACAGGAUUUUUCCGUCUCCUUUCUUGCAAUGGUCACGGCCCUUCUGUUGAUUAAGGCUUUGCAUUGGUUGGCUCAGAAGAGGGUCGAGUACAUUGAGACGACUCCAUCAGUUCCGAUGCUGUCUCACAUUCGUAUUGUAUCAUUUAUGGGGUUUCUACUUGUUCUAGAUACUCUUUUCUUGUACAGUUCUCUAAAGUAUUUGAUACAGACAUGGCAGCCAUCUGUUUCACUCUUCUUUUCAUUUGAGUAUACGAUACUAGCGACAACAACAGUCGCUACAUUUGUAAAAUAUGUUUUCUAUGUUAGUGACAUGCUUAUGGAAGGACAGUGGGAGAGGAAGGCGGUCUACACCUUCUACUUGGAACUUGUUCGAGAUCUGCUUCACCUAUCUAUGUAUCUCUUCUUCUUUCUUGUGAUAUUCUUGAACUACGGUGUUCCAUUGCACUUGAUUCGAGAGCUUUAUGAAACAUUCCGUAACUUCAAGGUUCGUGUUGCUGAUUAUAUUCGGUAUCGGAAAAUCACUUCAAAUAUGAACGAUCGUUUCCCAGAUGCAACAUCUGAAGACCUCAUUGCCAGCGAUGCAACCUGCAUCAUUUGUCGCGAGGAGAUGACCGCAGCAAAAAAGUUGCGCUGUGGACACCUCUUCCAUGUCCAUUGCCUGCGGUCAUGGUUAGAACGGCAACAUACCUGCCCCACCUGCAGAGCUUUGGUUGUUCCUCCUGAAGAUGGGACAGCUGCAACUGGGGGACAGCAUGGAGUGCAAUCUGAGCUUCAACGGAAUGGGUCAGGUGGGGCUGGCAUAUCCACUCAGGGUCCUGGAGGCAGUAGAGCAGAUGAUAAUCUAAGCCUGCAUCAGGCCAGGCUCCAAGCUGCUGCGGCUGCUGCUGCAAUAUAUGAGAAAUCAUAUGUUUAUCCUUCUCCAAAUACGAUAUUAUGGUCUCCAGGAUAUGCUUCAGCACCUCAGGUUUAUGGGCCAGCAACAGAGGCUCGCCAUGGAGAAAAUAUAGAUUCAACUGGAGAAACAUCCACCUCUGGGGAAUCACGCCAGCCUCAACAUCCAACCCCAAGCAGAUACCAAAACCUUGCAUUCCCCCAAAUUCCGCCUUAUGCUUUCAUUCCUUUUCAGGUACCCAAUUCUAAUUCUAUGCACGUUGAGAGAGUGGGAAGUGAUCCAAAUGUUUCAGCUUCUCAACGGGAGGCUCAGGAAAGAUUUCUCCAGCAUCAGAUUGAGGUUCUGCAGAGCCAGCUGCAACUUCUACAACAGCAGAAGCCGGAUGAAGCAAGUGCCACCAGUGGUGAUGUGAAUCCUGCCACAGCAGACAGGAAAGGAAAAACUGUUGCACCCUCUCCAUUAAUUCCUGACUGCGGCCGUCACGAGGACAUUGACUCAGACUAAGCUGGUGGUAUAUAUGAGAGAGAGCCUGGGCCUUUACUUCAACGGUAUGAUUUUUUUCUCAGAAAUGACCUCGGGAUCCCGUAAAUGUAUUAAUUGCGUUUGUACGUGUGUCAUGAGAAAAUGAGGCAAUGGAGUGCCCAAACAGUGCCCUUGAAGACAUGGAAUAUAUACCUCAUUUUGAUGUA